UUAUGGCGAUUGUUUUGUUUGAUCGACGAAGCUUAGGGUCUCCUUGGAUUUUCAGCCUCCUGGAAGAAAAUCAUAGUUGCUAGACUGCGACACUUCAGUCCAGGUACUAUUAGAGCCGCUAAUGGACGACAAGCUAUUUUCCGGAGCUUGUGCUCAAGCAUUUGAGCCUAAUGGACGAGACUCCUUGGGUAAAGGAUGCAGAGAACGAGGAGAAAACACUCGUAUGGGCGCACUGAGAAGCGGUAAGUUCUAGGAAAAUAAGCAAACGUAACAGUACUAACACCGACUCUAGCAACAACUGCAAGAAUGCUUCAUCACAUCUGAUGGAAUAAUGGGAGCGCAGCGAUUCUUGUGGUAGGUUGAAAGCACAUAGGCAGCACAUCAGGAGCCAAACACAGACGAAAGGAAACAAUUGGAAUAAACAAUACAGUGAACAAUUCCGCUGCACGGCUAACAAAGAAAAACCACAGACAAUCACUGGGUGAUCGCCAUCUGAGGCACGUCAAUGCACAAAGGUAGAAACUAGUCAAUAUUGCAGAAGUAUUCAAUAUGGCAGGAAACUACCUCUAACCAACUCUCCUUCCUCGUCCAAACACCUACAUUUAGAAGCUACAUGGAGUACUGUGGCUGUGCUAUAUCAGAAGUCAUACUGAAUGACUAUGCACAACAGAAACUAGCAAUGUCUUCCUGAACAAUGCACACCACCAUAUUUCCAAUCUGGAGGGAUUCCAUGGGGAUAAUGUGUAGGAGAAUCCCACCUGCUUUGAGGGUAGCUCUUUCAACUCCUAGCUGACUUGCAUGAGCAUAAAACCAGGCGCCCCUUCUUGCAGAUAGCCCAUUUCAUCUUUACUUGCUUCAAGCAGUGUGUCUUUUUUUCCUUGCUGAGGUAACAUCUUGCCAACACUUUGGGAGGCAUACAGCAUCGAGGCUUGUUUUUCUUCAUUUGAGUGUGGAGUUUUACCAAGAAACCUGGUCCCUGUGCAACAAUGUCUUCCUUCAAGUUCAAGCCUUACCAACCGGAUGGGCAAGAAAAAUCCUUUUUCUUACCCCACCCCCAUUAGCCAAUCCAGUCAAUUUCACCGGCUACAUCACCUUGCUGCAUGUGAGGAAUGUGCCACAAAAUGUGCUAAUGAGCGAUCAUUGAAACGUCACAUCCAGAAGCACCACGCCGAGCCUAAGGACACGGAUCGGAAUCAGUGCUGUCUGCUAUGCGAUAUGACCUUCAGUCGCGUGGCUACGUUAGUGCAACACUAUGAUCAUGUGCACCACCAAACGAUAGAGACGGAAGAUUUAACUUUUGCCACAGAGCAAGAAUUUAAGGUGUGGAAGGAUAGCGAAGAGGUUGCGACGGGGACGCACUUCAUCGCACCUCGUGGCACGUACGUAUCCGGGACUCGCACGUAUGUGUGCAACAGGAGCGGGGCAUCCCGCGCACACCAGCCUCCAGAUCAAGUCAAAGGGAGCCGUAAACUUGGCGUGACAUGCAUCUCAAGGUUGAUAGUGCGGCUAGGAAAAGAUGGGGGUCUGGCCGUGCACUACGUAUCAACUCACUGUGGGCAUAACGUCGGAGAGGACCAGCUGCGGUAUUUGCCCAUUCCAGCAUCUACGCGGAGUGAAAUAGUCCGGAAGCUGGCAAUGGGCGUACAAAUAGAGAGGAUAUUAAAAGAUAUCCGUCAAGAGUAUGCCGGUGAAGCUGAAGCUGCCUUGACCAGACGGAUUCUUCUCUCUCGAAAGGAGAUUAGGAAUAUUGCCCGUGGGUCGGAACUACUAGGAAGCAUGCGGCACGCGAAUGACCAAACUGCUGUCCGUCUUCUCAUCGAAGAAUGGAGCCAAGGCACUGGCCAGUCGCCGUGCCUUGGCAUAAAGUACCAAGAUCUAUUGUCGGAGGCAUGGCCCUAUUUGCGAAAGGACACUUUUGUCCUUGUACUGCAGACUGCCCACCAGCAAGAGCUCUACAAGGCGCAUGCAUCGAAAAUCAUCUGCUGCGACGCAACCCACGGUACCAACAUGUACCAAUUCAAGCUCAUAACACUGAUGGUUGUGGAUAAUUAUGGAUAUGGGAGAACCGUGGCGUGGUGCAUUUCGGACAGGGAGGAUGAGGCAACCCUCACUGCUUUCCUUGGUGCAGUAAAAGAGCACAACCCCGAAGUCCCGAUCACUACCCUCAUGACAGAUGGCGAUCUGGCAGGUGCAGCGGCUGCAAGGAAAGUUUUUGGCGCAGAUAUCCGCCACCUGCUUUGCACUUGGCACAUAUUAAGAAGCGUGCUGCGCCAGAUCCAGCACAAAUUUCGUCAACAGAAGGAAACGGCCCAGGCUGUCUACUCAUCUUUUUUUGUUCUCCUCUUGGAGAAAGAUAAGGACAAGUUUGAUAUGGAGUGCAAAGGCUUCCUUCAGUAUCUGGAGGAAACGUCGGAAGAUUUUCUGAAGUACUUCACGGACCACCUUCUGCCAAAGAAAGAAAGCUGGGCCUAUUGUCACCGUCAGUUUGAUCACUGCAAUGUCAACACAAACAACAUCGUCGAAGGCUUCCACAGUAAAUUGAAGCACCAUCCACAGUUCCUAAGCGGUUUGCAGAACCGCCGCAUCGAAUCUCUCAUCACAAAACUCAUGGAGUUAGAAAUGGACGAAUUCAUCGACGGACAGCGUCUAAAGCAUGGGAUUAAAAUUGGACGCUAUCAGAGAAAGAUGGCAGCGCGACAUGAGAAUGGCUCCAAGAUUGUUAACUCGCAUAUAGAGGAAACCGAUGUUCAGGGCAAGUAUCAGGUUGCCUCACAGUCAGAGCCAGGCUGGCAGCACACUGUUGUCGUCCAGAGUGUACCUCAUGAAAACUGCACUACGACGUGUAGCCUUUGUGGAGGGUGUAGACAUUCUGUCACGUGUACGUGUGCGGAUUACCUCUCUGGGAGUCUAUGCAAACAUGCACACAGGGUGUUCAGCAUAGCAUUUCCUAACGAACGUUGUGAUGUUGAACCAAACACAAUGGACGAUAUUGGCAAUCCACCAGAGCCGUCAAUAGAAGUCCUGCAGCAGCCUGUCCGGCAUGAAGCCAGAAGUGCACCUGCCAAGGAUAUGGAGAUUCGCGAGCUUGCCACAGCAAUAUCAGAGACUCCAGCAUUUAGCCCGUUCAUUAUAGAUAAUGUACUGGGCUUGCUGCGGCAAGCAAAUUCCAUUAUUUCAGCUGGCCCUGCUGCUGAGGCAGGCGAUUCAGAAGGUUUUCCAGUUGGGCAAGCCAUCCCUUCUCGGAAGAUGCCAGAGAGACAAAGUCGAGGUCUCUUCCAUGCUACAACUCGAAAAAGUGGUAUGAAGCGUAAAGCUUCUCCGUUGCGGGCACCCACUGAAAAAGAAAAACAGCACCUCACGGAAACAGUGUUAAUGGGCAUGGGCCCAGAAGCAGAAGUUCUCCUUUCGCCUACUUCGGUCUUGCCGUCAGUCUCAGACCUGUCACCGAUGCCGACAUCCCAUGUCCAUUCAGUAACUCAUGUGACAGAGUCAAUUCAGGAACGAAGUGAGCAGAUGCCUGCAACUCCAACUGCAAUCAACUUUCGAGCAGUUGAUUGCAGUUGGUCUUCUAUGACAUUAUCAGGAGAUACCCAUGUACAGGUUGAGAAGGCUUUGUCCAUGCCUUCCAAUGCUGCCGUUUGCCGCCUGAAGAGGGGUGCUGUGACAGGACAGGCUAUGGCUACCCUGAAGAGUGGUGUUUGGCUUGAUGACGAGAUCAUCAACGCAUUUGUUGAAUGCUUGAUGAACUCUGCCAACGAUCUGAUGGGCCCUCGCACUGUGUUGGCCAUGCCAACCUUUGCAUUCACGGAUGACGGGAAAGCAACUCGUAUCAUCGAUGAGUGGAGAAUAUUUCAGGAUCGGGCUGAGUUCAACGUUAUCAUCAUGCCAUUACACUUCACUGCCCACUGGGCACUAAUGGUAAUGGACACGAAGGCCCGUGUCAUUUACCACUACGACUCGGCUAAAAUCAGCAAUCCGGCUAUACAUGCUGCAACAGCCAUCGAACACAUUGGCCCGCCUGGGCAAGUUUGGGAGCAGGUGAAGGUGGACAACUUGCCGCAACAAAUAAAUGCGUUCGACUGCGGAGCCUUUGUUUGCCUGUCUGCAGCGUGUCACAUAUUCGGGACGCAGCUUGUGGACGUCGACAUCAGACGAGAUUCCGCUGCCAUGCGGCACUGGAUAUGUGCCCAUGUGCUUCAGCAGCACAUGCAGGAGCACGCACCGUCUUCGGCCAAGAAGGCCUGCACAUCGCUACCACCACCACCAUCAUCAUGAAAACGGCCUCUUGUACGGGCUUAAAACGGUGAUAACCGCAAAACGUAUCAAGAGAGGUGAAUCAUCAUCAUCAUCAUCUGGAACAGCCUCUUACACGGGCAAGCAAACAAUACCGGUAUAUCAAAAUUCAAUACAGUGAAAGAAGGAACGCAAAGUGGAACUCAAAUAAGUAAAAUAAUUUUGUUCACAUAGCUAUCACCCUAAUGAUUGUAAAACGUGCACUCAAAGUUACCCAGUAGCAGCUUUCCUGAAUUUCCAGGAGCAACAUUAUUACAUGCUGUAAUUAUGAUUGUAUUAUGGAUGGUUUGGUUCUUUUAUAACUGGCUAAAGAGGUGAUACCCACUUGCGAAUUAUACUGCUUUCAAUGGACUAUGCAUUCUAUUAAAUAGCAUUCUUUUUGCUAUCUGCCUCAAUCCUUGAGGGUGCUGGAGUUCCUGUGACUCUCAACCGAA